UGUAGCAAGCCCAUUCCAUUAAUGUAUUAUUUGUCUACACAACUGUGUUAAUUUCCAUAUGAGUAUGAUUGAGCGUGUGUCUGCACUUCUAUCCCUAUUCUAUUCCCCAUUGGUUGUGACACAUAGAUAAUCAAUAAUUUAUCUACACUUGAUUGAUACUCAAAGAUAUAUAUGGAUCUUUUAACACAGACACACACACACUUUGAUUUUUGACUCACUCGGUGCUUGCUUGCUGUAUGCUUGCGGACUUUACCAAGUUUUCACAAUAAACUAUCUCUAUAACUGAUUUUUGGGCUUUUUAAUGAUCUCGAGUAAAUCGAUAAUUCUACUAGGAGAUUAAGCCUGUAUUAAAUACUCGGUUAAUGAGAUAUCUUUAUUUGGAGUCGAAUAUAGAGGAAAUUUAUCUCAACAAACUUGGUUAACCUCUACAAACUGGUGAGCCGCAUUUAGAACACGCGCCUGUUUCUCUACAAAAUCUGCUGCAUAUUCUCCAAUCAUAAAGAACUUCAUAUUGGAAUUACUAUUGCAAUUAUUAACAAUACAUUGACAGUCAGUUAAUUCAUCUAUAACAUUGUUGCUUUGGAAUUAUUACUUUAUAUUUGCCUAUUUAAACUCAAAGUGACCUUUGUUUUCGGUGAGUCUCAUAUAUAUUUCUUGUUGUUAUUUUCGACUUAUUCAUAUCAUAUAUUUCAAUCCUCAGCUUAUUAUUAUUGCUAUUGUUAUUAUUUCUUCGUAUCAUGUCACUUGAUAAUUCACCAAGCCUUUCAUCUAAGUCUAUUUCCGUGGGUGCCAUCUCUGUACCUUUACCUAUCUUUAAUCCCCGAAAGGCCGAACUGUGGUUUGCACGCUUAGAAAGCUUUUUUGUUGCAAACAGAAUCACAAAUCAGAACACAAAAUUUAGUUAUGCAAACUCAUUGCUGCCAGACGAUGUUAUAGAACAAGUGUCUGACGUCAUUUUUAAACCGGAUCCAGACUCACCAUACGAUUGUCUAAAAAGAGAGGUCAUUCGUGUUACAUCUCUCACCGACCAGCAAACAAUUGAUCAACUUUUAGCUAAUGUAGAGCUAGGUGACAGUACACCAUCUCAAUUAAAACGCCACAUGACAAAUUUAUUGGGGAAUCGUACAGUAGAUAAACGUCUAUUCUAUCAAUUGUGGCUCAGACGUCUACCACAAAACAUCCAACAGAUACUAGCAAUCGGAGACGAGGAUAUCGAUUUUGAUAGGCUAGCAGAUAUAGCCGAUAGAAUUUACGAGCGAACUAGGACGCACUCCGUAUCUCACAUACAAUCAAACUCAUCUGACGAGAUCGCCGAGUUGCGACGAACAGUCGAAGUCCUCGCUAAUCAGAUAGCUCAGCUCCAAUUUUUGAAUACCUCCCACAGCAAGCGGAAAGGAAGGUCUAGAAGCCGUAAACGUCGUAGUCCAAGCACCAUUCGACAUAACAUUUGUUGGUACCAUAAAACGUACGGUAAGCAAGCUAAAAAAUGUACUCCUCCCUGUAAUUUCGCAAGCACACAACAAAGAGACCAUCAUGAACGUCGGUUAAUGACGACUGCAGUCGCUGAACACAACUCUCAAAGCAGUCGCUUGUUAUAUGUUACAGACAAAAGGACUGGAACACAGUUCUUAGUCGACACUGGGGCAGAGGUUAGUGUAGUACCACCCACUACAUUGGAGAAAAACACACCUGACCCCAAACUAAAACUACAAGCCGCAAACAGAUCUGAGAUCAAGACGUACGGCAAAAGGCAUUUACAAUUAAAUUUCGGUCCUAAAUCCAAGUUUUCAUGGAACUUCAUCAUAGCUGACGUCCUCAUUCCUAUAAUCGGCAUUGAUUUUUUACAAUCCCAUAAAAUACUCGUAGAUGUAAGAAAUCGGAAACUUGUCCUUGCUGACCAUAGCAGCGAAAUUAGAGGGAUUAUUUCUAACGAGACAUCCAUACAUUUAUUGAUCAAACCUCAUCGUGAGAAUGACAAGUACGUUAGUUUACUUAAUCAGUUUCCAGACUUAUUACGACCGAAUUUCAAACGGGACAAACUGACACAUACCGUCGUACAUCAUAUAAAGACAGAGGGUCCACCAGUGUUCGCACGUCCAAGACGCCUUGACCCCUCUCGUUUGGCUCUAGCAAAGAACGAAUUCAACAAAAUGAUAGAGUUGGGUAUCAUACGCCCCUCCGAUAGUCCGUGGGCAUCACCGCUCCAUUUGGUACCCAAGAAAAACUCUUCCGAAGUUAGACCGUGCGGUGACUAUAGAGCUCUCAACAGCCGUACUAUACCAGACAGAUAUCCACUUCCACAUUUGCAUGACUUCACUCAUAGUCUAUCUGAUGUGACGAUUUUUUCAAAAGUUGAUCUCGUCCGCGCUUACCAUCACAUUCCAAUUCACCCGGACGACGUUCCCAAAACAGCCAUUACUACCCCAUUUGGAUUAUACGAAUUUGUUCGCAUGCCUUUCGGAUUAAGGAAUGCUGCACAAAGUUUCCAGCGUUUUAUCGACCAAGUAGUACGUGGCUUACCUUUCGUAUAUGCUUACAUAGAUGACCUUCUUAUCGCAAGCAAAAAUGAAAAUGAACAUCUAAUUCAUCUGAAAAUGCUUUUUGAGAAGCUAAACGAGUAUGGGUUAACAGUCAACCCUGACAAAUGUGAGUUCGGAAAACAAUCCCUUACCUUUUUAGGUCACGUAAUUGAUAGUCAAGGCAUCAAACCAGUUCCUGAGGAAACACAAGCCAUCAAAAAUUAUCCUUUACCUGAUUCAUUCAAGAAACUACGACGUUUCCUUGGGAUGAUCAACUUUUACAGACGUUUUAUUCCGAAAUGUGCAGACAUAGCAAAACCGCUAACUGAUUUAUUAAGGGGACGAGCUAAAUCAUUGACAAUGACACCGCAAGCAAUUCAAGCAUUUGAACAGUUAAAAAGCACAUUAAGCACUGAGGCAUUACUAGUACGUCGAAAGGUUGAUGCACCUUUAGCAGUAAUGACCGAUGCCUCUAAUGUAGCAGUAGGCGCUGUGCUUCAACAACAUGUCGAUCAACAAUGGCAACCCCUUGCAUUUUUCUCAAAAAAGCUUAACGCAACGCAAACAAAAUAUAGCACAUUCGGUAGAGAACUGUUAGCUGUCUACCUAGCCAUCAAGCACUUUCGGUAUAUGUUAGAAGGCAAUUCUUUUACGAUAUAUACGGAUCAUAAACCUCUAACUAAGUCCUUGAUGCACAAUCAUGAUAAAUACAGUCCGCGCGAAAUUCGUCAACUAGAAUUCAUUUCGCAAUUUGCAGCUGAUAUACGAUACAUAAAAGGCAAUGCAAAUGAGGCAGCAGAUGCACUGUCGAGAUUAAGUAUCAAUACCUUCUCGAUCCCUGAUAUAAACUAUCAAGACAUAGCAAAUAUUCAAAAGCUCACUGCUGUUAGCAUCAACAGAGUAAAACCACCGUUUUUAAAGUAUACUGAAAAAAACACAACCAUAAAACGGUCUAAACCUGCAUCAGAGCAAGCACCAUACAGACUAACCGCAACAAACAUUACUUCACUCCGAAGUACGCCAACAACAGAAACCACAACAAGAUCAGGAAGAAGAGUACACUGGCCAGAUAGGUAUGUAGCAACCACCAUAUUUAUCUAAACCAAGUCCUGAGAUUGCUCUUAUAACACAAAAAUCCUUCUUUAUUUUCAUUACUAUUUUUAUUGGCCCCACGGAUCUUCAUUAUGCUUACAUUUUAACUUUAUGAAAUUCGUUGAUGUUAAAUAUACAUUUAUACAUACAUGAUACAAAGCGUUUCAACACACAAGCUGUUAUGACAACUUAACGCUUACUCAUCAUCAUAUCAAAUUGUACAUUUAUUUUAAAGACAAUUUCGUUUUUUAUCUCUUUGUCGAACAUAGAUGUUAAUAAAAAUUUUUUUUGUAAAUAAAAACAUCAAUGUUCUGGAUGGGAGCUUAUGUAGCAAGCCCAUUCCAUUAAUGUAUUAUUUGUCUACACAACUGUGUUAAUUUCCAUAUGAGUAUGAUUGAGCGUGUGUCUGCACUUCUAUCCCUAUUCUAUUCCCCAUUGGUUGUGACACAUAGAUAAUCAAUAAUUUAUCUACACUUGAUUGAUACUCAAAGAUAUAUAUGGAUCUUUUAACACAGACACACACACUUUGAUUUUUGACUCACUCGGUGCUUGCUUGCUGUAUGCUUGCGGACUUUACCAAGUUUUCACAAUAAACUAUCUCUAUAACUG